GGUAGAGGAUCGCAUUUGCAGCGUCUUUGGUAGCAUUCAAGUCCUGGAGCACACUUGUCCUUGGGCAGCAACCAUCCCUGGACAGCGGCAGAACUCGCAUCUGCAGUCAGCACAUCUCGUUGGCGAGGGCAGAGCAGCGUCCGCCCGCGUGCACACGCAGAAUCGAAGCAGCAGCGUGUCAUACCUUCCAGAUCAUACCAACAAAGCAAGGCUGGCACCACAGGCGAGUAGUAGCCCAUCAUGGCGGCAAGAAAGCUGCAGUCGGAAAUUGACCGCACGCUAAAGCGUGUCAAGGAGGGCGUCGAGGAGUUCGAGAACCUCUAUGAGAAGCUUCAGGUGUCGCAGAAUCAGGCGCAAAAGGAAAAGAUGGAGUCGGAUCUCAAGACAAUGAUCAAGAAGCUGCAGCGGCUACGAGACCAGAUCAAGACGUGGCUGCAGAGCAACGACAUUAAGGACAAGAAGGCCCUCCUCGACAAUCGAAAACUGAUUGAGACACAAAUGGAACGUUUCAAGGCGGUUGAGAAGGAGAUGAAGACCAAGGCGUUCUCAAAGGAAGGUCUAAUUGCCGCGGCCAAGUUGGAUCCGGCGGAGCGGGCGAAAGUGGAAGCAACUAAUUGGAUCUCGUCACAAGUGGACGAGCUCGCACGGCAAGUGGAGAUGACCGAAGCAGAGAUCGAGCAGCUCGCGUCAAGUGGGAAGCGAAGCAAAAAAAGUGCAACUGGUGGCAAGGACGAGCGGGUAGGGCAACUGGAUAGCCUCAACGAUCGCAGGAAUUGGCACGUCAGUCGCUUGGAGAUCUUGCUACGCCUUGUAGAAAAUGGGCAGAUCGAGCCAGAUCGGGUGGGCGACAUCAAGGACGAUGUCGCAUACUUUGUCGAGAGCAAUGCUGAGGAGGACUUUGAAGAGGACGAGGGUAUCUACGAUGACUUUAACCUGGACGAGGAGGAAGAGCAAUUCGGCCUUAAAGACAACGAUGAUAUCAACUCUUCUCACGACAGCAUGUCCGUGAUUGACGAGCCAAAGACGCCAACGAAGCGGAAAGACUCGGAUGACGGGAACAGCUCGGUGCUCAAAGCGCUUACAGAGAAUGCCAAGAAGGCUUCCGUCACCAGUACUGACAAGAAGCCUGCAAGAUCAGUCGACUCGAAGUCAUCGGCGAAGGACGAUGGGAAAGAGCCGGUCGUACCGCCAGCGAAUUUUAGCAAAGGCACGAACGCACUACCACCCUCAGCCGUCGCAGCAUCGCCGUCGAAACCAGGUGCGCCAGCCGCAUUGCCCCCGAUACGAUACGCUGCAGCCGCAGCUGCUGCAGUCGCACCAGUGGCACCAGCGGGCGCAGUGACCAAUUUGCCCAGCAACCCACCGAAUUUGCCACCACUUUCGAAUGCAGCAUCCACGCCAUCCGCCACGUCGCCUGUGUCGAUACCCGCGGCGGCAACGCCUUCGCCAUCAUCCGCAGUGACAGCGGCGACGAACAAUGGUGAAGCAGAACAGGUUCCAGGCCCUGCUGCUGUUGCGAUGACGGUUAACGCACGCGUAUCACCUGCGCCGCAGACAGUUGACACAGUCGCCAACGGCACAUCUACUGCUCCCAGUGUUUCGACACCCAUGUCAGUAGCCGCGUCAGUCGUAACGGGCGCAGCAAGUAGCCCUCUACCGCAGUAUUCGGCCAUCAGCAGCCUCGCAAAUGGGUCCGGUUCGUCUGUGUCGGCGCGGGGUUCGCCAAGCCUUGCGCACCGCAGCGCCGCGUCACUAGCAUCGCCAUCGCCAUCGCAUGCGUCUGCUGCUGGACCCCCACCGGGUAUUGCGUCCAGCGAGCCCUUGCAGCUCGCGGCGACCUCGGCCGCAGCGGCCGCUUUGCAGCCGAGCGGCGGCGGAGCAGGCACGUUGGCGCAGCGUCGGCAGGGCACGGAUGGCGCACGCCUGCCUUCCUCGCUAAGCGAUCUCGUCAGCAGCUUCGAAAGCGCCAAACAGAAAUCUCUGCUGGGAGAGAACAACAUGGACGCGGUACACAAGUCGCUCGAGGCGAGCUUCAUGAAUGUGCCAGAGCCCUUGGACAGUGAGAAGCCAAAGUACUACGUCCCACAGAACCCGUAUCCGACUCCGGCGUACUACCCGCAGCAGCCUCUGGCGCAUCUCGACAACCCGGCGCUGUUCGCCAAGCUGGACGUCGACACGCUCUUCUACGCUUUCUACUUUAUGCCGCAUACGUACCAACAAUAUCUUGCCGCGCAAGAGCUUAAGAAGCAAAGUUGGCGCUUCCACCAGCAGUAUCUGACCUGGUUCCAACGGCAUUCCGAACCGAAUGUUAUCACCGAUGCUUAUGAGCGGGGCGCGUACAUCUACUUUGACUUUGAAGGGACGUGGUGCCAACGAAAGAAGAGUGACUUCACGUUCGAGUACAGGUGGCUCGAAGAGAGCUCGUGAGGCACCAGCAGUGGCCUCGGUGCUCGGUCGCUCCUUCUCCUACAUACCUCACUCGCAACCACCGCUGUAGUAUACAUUUGUUUGUUUCGCACGCUCUGCCAAUCCACGAUGGAAGAUUGAAU